AUGAAGUAUAUCGUUGACUACCACAUUGAAGGUGAUGCAUUGAAAAAAUUUUAUCAAAUUAAAUUAUACGUUGACGAACGUUAUCCAUGCCGUAUUUACGAAGAAGUAUUGAGGUAUCUACUAGGAUGUAAGAAGAGAAACAAAAGUGGUGACGAACGGGAUGCAUUGAAAAUGGCUACACCAGAUACGUUACCAAAGAGUGAUUCUGUUGUUGAUGUCAGGACUUUACUUCAUUAUCUUCAAGAAAUGAUCUGGCACAAGUUCAAGUAUUAUGUUCCAGAUAAUAUCAUUAGAAACCCACUUAUUAGUUCUUACCUAAUAACUUCUGUGUAUAAAGCAAAGGUUAAUUCGCUCAAACAAUUAGUUGAAUCUGCUACGAAUGGGAACAAGAACAACCCUACCGUUGGUAUCAAGUACAAGGUUAUUUUAGAUCAAGCUCAAAAACUUGUCCCUGAAGUUACAAAUGAUCCUUUACAAAGAAUUAGAGACAGAUUAAGUGACAGUGAAGACUUGAAUGUGACUAUGGCUAUUGUUAAUGGGGACAUCCAUGAAUUGUGA